AUGACGGGGGCUAUGGGUGUGUCAGAGUCGGGACGUGAAAAUGGUGAAUCUGGCUGUCAGGCGAAAAAGACUGACGACACCCCCGCAACGGACACUUCUCAGAAAAUGAGAGGGGGUGCUGAGUCUCGAUUUCGGAAAAGAAGCAAAUAUUUAUCUUACCCAUACACAAAUAGUGAACCAAGACUUAAAAGUUUUCCAGCUGAAACAGAAGAAUCAAAGACUCCAAGUCCUGCUCCUAAAGCAAAAGCUUCAAGCAGAACCAGUAAUCCUAAAAAUGGAUCUCUUUCAUCAACUAAAUUUGGUGGCAAUAGGUUCCAAAAUAACUGGUACAGAAAAUUCAUUAGCUGUAGUAAAAUGUGUAGUAAUCCAAAAUUCAUCGGUGCAUCUUCCAGUGACUUACUUUCAGGACUGCACUCUUUAGCUGUUGGUGGUAUGUCUCCAAUUAAAGAUAAGAGGUUUGAUAUGGUUGAGUGGUUCUUCUGCAAAUAUAGAAUAGCAAAGUAUCACGAUGAGACUGAGCUGGCUACUUCCCUGUUUAAUCUGAAUGAAGGGAAAACAUCGAAACCUGUGGACGAUGGUGUUGUGGACACCAAAAGUGAGAAGAAGAGAAAGAACACUCAAGCAGAAAGUGCAGCAAGGCGUAAGAUGAAAUCUCUUUUUGGCCUAUCCAAUACAAAUAAUAAUGUUUCUACUGGAGAUUGCACAGGUUCGGGGAAAAAAUCCAAACAAAAGAGGAAGGUGGAAGAAAUAACUUCGCAGAAUCAGCUGCAAAAUGCAGAGACGACUUCCCAAAAUCAUAAUUUCCCUUCUGAAAAAAAGACCAAGUCUAAAAAGAGACCGAAGUUGGAAGCUGCACAAGAGCAUCAGGGUGCUCAAUCUGCUUCGCAUUUGGAUGCAAAAAGUAUCGAAUGCAACUCACUAGUUGUAGAUUUGCAGGUUAUGCCCCCAUCUAUGUCUGUUGAUUUUCAUCAGAAAAGUAAUGGUGAAAUUAAGAAAGAACAAGUUUCUAUAGUUUCAAAUCCAAAGUUACAUGUCUCCCAAAGCGAGCUUGAUGGAAAUGUUACCCCUAGUAACUUGCUAGGGAGCACAUCGGAGGCUAGUACUGUCGCCCCUGAAGAACUUGUUGGAAAUAUUACCAAUCACAACUUGUUCAAUGAUACUACAUCAGAUGUUGACAUUGUCUCAAUAAAUAAAACAGGGAUGGAGGUAGCACCAGAGGAGCUGAUUGAAGACGUCUCAAUAAAUAGAACAGGGAUAGAGGUAGCACCCGAGGAGCAUCCACGAAAGAUACCUGAUUUGAACAGUAUUAGCUUUGAAUCAUGUUCUACAAGAAAAGAGUCUGAGAAUGUCAACAUGCUUUUACCUGAAUUGCAGUCACAACACCCAAGAGGUUUAUCUGCUUGUUCGAGAAUUACCAAAGCUGUAAACCUUGAUAGAGUGGAGAUCAUUGGAGAAUCACCUGGAACCUUUCUGUUCCUACAAUUUGCUCAAGGACCAGGAGUUGAUAUCCCAUCAAACGGGGAUUUGUUGAAAACAUUUUGCCAGUUUGGUCCUUUGAAAGCAACCGAAACUCAUUUGAUAAAAGACAACACCUGUGCUCAAAUUGUUUUUGUUAACAGCCCAGAUGCUACUGAAGCAUUGCGUAGUUUAGAGUAUAACAAACCAUUUGGUGCAAGUCUUGUGGGCUACAGGCUCCAUUAUCCUCCUGUUGUGGUGGCUCCACCAUUGGAGCACUUCCGGACUCCAACUCAGCCAUCUAUCUCUAUGUCAAUGUCUGGUGAGGCACCUCCUCCCCUUCAGGUUAUUAAGCAAAAGUUGCAGAUGAUGUCAUCAGUGCUGGAGAACUCGGGGAAUAAUCUUUCACCUGAGACGAGAGCCAAAUUGGAAAAUGAAAUAAAUAAUUUGCUUGGAAAGGUGAAUUCUAGGACUAAUAGAGUAUGA